AUGGCUGGACAAGAAGCUCAUGUUUACAAAUAUGCGGAUCGAUCACAAUUAUUCUAUCAAUGUCAAAUUAGCAUAACAAUUAAGGAACCAAAUAGUGAAUGUCAACGACCACAAUGUACAGAACCACAAGGUUUUGGUGCAAUUAAAACACGCAAUGGUGUUGCAGCUGCAUCACGACAAGCUGCUGCAUUUAGGGUAUUGAAAAAGCGUGAUGUAAGAGAUGAAAAUAUUGUCGAUGUACGCACCGAUCUUAAUACAUUAGAUAUAAAUGAGGAGUUUGGUUCAUUACCGAAUGCAUUACGUCAUCGAUCAUUAUCAUCGUUAUCAGAACAUGAAAAUGGUCAUCCAGUAAUUGUUGCAACAAUGAAUCAAGGUAUUUGCAUGUCGGUAACCGGUUUUACAUUUGCCGGUAUGCUUACAUUUAUCAUUUUUGCUAUUGCUACAAUUGUUGCUGUCACAUUAUUACGAUCAAAUUCUACUAAAGCAUAA